UGAACAAUUUACAUUCUGACGUUUAUCGUUUUCAUUGAACGUGCUUUCAUUUGAAACACAUGGUAUUUUGUUAAAUAUUUUCAAGUUUCUUAUUGUUUAUUAUAUCAAUAAUAGAAAAGUUGGCAAAAUGUCUGAAGUGUUUCACCGGCCUGGGCCGUUAAAACAGACUAAUAAAAGUCAUAAAACUGGACGGCAUCGGUCGAAGGGAGCUAUAGAAAAUGCGCUGAAGGGUCGGGUUUCUCUUAAAGCGGUGUCGCAUAAACACAAACAAGAACAACGAAGAGAACAGCGUAGACACCAAAUGAAUCAAAUACGUAAGAAGAAACGUGAGGAAGCGAGAUUAGAAAAACUGCAGUUGGGAACUCAGCAAAGCGCACCAUUCUUGGUGUGUAUAUUGCCAAUGCAUCAACAAAUUGACGCUAAAUCAGCUUUAGCUAUAUUAGAGAGCUGUGAUGAAGAAGCUGUCGUACAAAGAGCAGACACUGGAGUUACCUAUAUUAAUCUUCCACGUUUCAAGCAAAGAUUUUCUUUCAUUAUUCCACCGACAGGCCGUGGCAAUGAAGUAGAAGUGUUAGAUUAUUUAAAAGCUUGUGAUACAACAUUACUCCUUACAUCUGCUGCUAUGGGAGAAGAUGAGGUAUUUGAUCGGUGGGGUCAUCGAAUUUUUAAUAUGGCAUCUGCUCAAGGUAUACCCACACCAAUAGUAGCACUUAUGGAUUUAGAAUCAAUAAACCCUAAAAAACGUGGCGACGUUAAGACAUCUGUUCAGAAAUUUAUAUCGAAGGUAUUGCCGAAAGAAAAAAUAAUGCAACUGGAUACCAAUGCUGAAGGUCUCAACGUUAUGCGUCGUAUUGGAGGACAAAAAAAGAAUGUGCUUCCAAAUAAAUCUAAUAGGCCGCAUUUAUUCAGUGAUAAAAUUGAAGUUGAAGCUCAAUCAAAUCAAUCUGAAGAUAAUAUAACUUUGAAAGUAACAGGAUUUUUGCGUGGAGCACCACUUAAUGAAAAUUCUCUUGUACAUAUUCCCGGUUUGGGCGAUUUCCAGAUGCAACAGAUAGUUUCCACACAUGAUGCUUUUAAAUUAGAUAAACGUACAGAACUACAACAAGUGCAAGUUCGUGUAGCAGACCAACAGUUGCAAACUUCAUUGCAAAAAGAAAAUAUACCAGAUGCUAUGGAUGCAGAACAGACAUGGCCAACUGAAGAGGAAAUCGAAGCUGCUCAACAAGAAACGAAGAAAACUAAGAUGGUAAAACGUGUACCCAAAGGUUGGAGUACAUACCAAGCAGCUUGGAUACCAGAUGUUGAAGCAGUUGAAAAAAAAGAAGAUGAUGGUAGCGAUGACAGUGACAUGAGCGGUAGUGACGGCGAAGAAAAUGAAGAUGAAGAUGAAUUCAUGUCUUGCGAAAAUAAAUCUUUCGACGGAGAAGUGGAAAGGCCCGAUUCCGAUACAGAAGAGUUCGUGGAAACAGCUUCGGUGUCAGAUGCUGCAAUAAAUGAUGAAAAGUAUGAUCUCCAAAUGGACUUUUAUGAAGAACGUGAAACGAUGAAAAAAAUUAAAGAAGCUCGUGUCGAUGAAUUGUGGCCGGAUGAAAUUGAUACACCACUAGAUGUAGAAGCGCGCGACCGGUUCCAAAAAUAUCGUGGUCUGGAGUCGUUUAGAACCUCACCAUGGGAUGUGAAGGAGAAUUUACCUUAUGAUUAUGCGCGCAUUUACCAAUUUCAAAAUUUUGAUCGCACCAAACGUCGUAUUGUUUCUGAAGCCAAGGAGGUUAACGGAUUUCAGCAUGGCGCCUAUGUAACCAUAUACAUCAUUAAUGUGCCCCAAACAAAAUGGUUGGCCUAUACAUCGGCUCGUCAAACCAAAGGACUUGUCAUAUAUGGUUUGCUGCCACAUGAGCAUCAGAUGUCGGUGAUGAAUGUUGUUCUUAAGCGUCUACCCGAUUCUGAAGCGCCAAUAAAGGCCAAAGAGACCUUAAUAAUACAAUGUGGAUAUCGCCGCUUUGUUGUAAAUCCAAUUUUCAGUCAACAUACCAAUGGAGACAAACACAAAUAUGAACGUUACUUCCGCCCACACUCAACCGUCUGUGCCACUUUCUACGCACCAAUUCAGUUUCCCCCUGCACCUGUAUUAGCUUUCAAGUUAAAUCCCGACUCAACUUUAGCGCUGGUCGCACGUGGUUGCCUGCUUUCCUGUAAUCCAGAUCGAGUAGUAUUGAAACGUAUUGUCUUGAGCGGUCAUCCAAUGCGUAUCAAUCGCAAAUCAGCGACGGUGCGUUAUAUGUUCUUCAAUAAAGAAGAUGUCGAUUAUUUCAAGCCAGUUAAACUACGCACAAAAUGUGGACGCUUGGGACACAUAAAGGAAUCACUAGGAACUCACGGGCAUAUGAAAUGUGUGUUCGAUGGACAACUGCGUUCUUACGAUACAGUUUUUAUGUAUCUAUACAAACGGGUAUAUCCAAAAUGGACCUACGAGGAAUGCCUAAUACGUAGUGAUAAGGAUGAAGACGAAAAAAUGGAAUAACUCGAUUCGUACAUAUUUUAUAUGUAAAUAUACUUUUAAAUUUGUAAUGAAAUGCAAAUCCCAUAAAGUUUACAAUACAUGAA